AUGAACUCCAUGACAUCUUUUCUCUCAUUUCUCCUCUGUAUUUUCCUUCUCUCUCAUUUCUCCCCCUCGAGUUCCAAAUCUAUCACUAAUGACCCCUUAUCCUUCUCUUCCUCGGCUAGUUUGCCCACCCUCACGGCGGAGAGGUUAAUCAAAGGUUUCAAUCUGAUGCCUACACGUGACGUCAAUGUCAUCCCUGAAGACGGUUCCGAAGCUCCCAGGCUUGUCGAAAGAGAAUUCGAUUUGCCCGCAGCGAUCGACCGUCGUGACUCCUCCGGUUCUCCUUCUCUAAAGGAUUUCGGCCACCAUGCUGGUUACUACAAACUCCCUAAUUCUAAAGCUGCAAGGAUGUUCUAUUUCUUCUUCGAGUCAAGAAGCAACAAAGCCGAUCCAGUGGUGAUUUGGCUAACCGGUGGGCCCGGUUGCAGCAGUGAACUUGCUCUGUUCUACGAGAACGGACCGUUCACCGUCUCCAACAACUCAUCUCUUUCUUGGAACGAUUUUGGUUGGGACAAGGCGUUUUUCAAAGAGCAUCCGCAAUUUGUGAAGAAUGACUUUUACAUUACCGGUGAAUCCUACGCCGGACAUUACAUUCCGGCUUUGGCUUCAAGGGUUCACCAAGGAAACAAGAACAAAGAAGGAACUCACAUUAACCUCAAGGGUUUUGCAAUUGGUAAUGGUUUAACUAACCCGGAGAUCCAAUAUGGUGCGUAUGCGGAUUACGCGCUAGACAUGAAGUUGAUCUCAGAGUCUGAUCACGAUAACCUCAACCGUUAUUACGAUACGUGCCAACAAUCCAUCAAAGAAUGCAGUGCCGAUGGUGGUGAAGCUUGCGCUUCUUCUUAUGUUGUCUGCAACAAUAUUUUCAAUAAGAUCAUGGAUAUUGCAGGAAACGUAAACUAUUACGACGUGAGGAAACAAUGCCAAGGAAGCUUGUGCUAUGACUUCUCGAACAUGGAGAAGUUCUUGAACCAGAAAUCCGUCCGUAGGGCAUUAGGUGUGGGAGAUAUUCAGUUUGUGUCUUGCAGUACUGCCGUCUACGAUGCAAUGCAGAUGGACUGGAUGCGGAAUCUUGAGGUCGGGAUUCCAGCUCUUCUUGAAGAUGGAAUUAAGCUCCUUGUUUACGCUGGAGAAUACGAUCUCAUCUGCAAUUGGCUCGGAAAUUCAAAGUGGGUUCACGAGAUGGAAUGGUCAGGCCGAAAAGAGUUUGUAUCAGCAUCGACUGUUCCAUUCCAUGUAGACAGUAAAGAAGCUGGUCUAAUGAAAAACCACGGUUCACUCACUUUCCUCAAGGUUCACGAUGCUGGACACAUGGUUCCAAUGGAUCAGCCAAAGGCAGCAUUGCAAAUGCUUCAGAACUGGAUGCAAGGAAAGCUCAAUACACCCACCGGCCAGACCGCUCGUCAAUGA